GUUGCUCUGUCUGUUGACCAAAAAAAACUUAUAGAUAAUAGUAAUGCUGCAAUCUAAUGAAGAAAUUCACGAGGCUCUUGCACCAAUCUCUUGGCUUUCUGGACGUUGGGUCACUGAAGAUGGAAAAGGACACUACCCAACCUUAAAAGAUUUUCAAUAUCAUGAAGAACUAGAAUUCAUAUGUAUUGGACAGCCUAUGUUCAAUUACAUCUCAACAUCAAGACAUCCUGAAACAAAGAAGCCUAUGCAUCAGGAAAGGGGCUUUCUCCGUAUAAAUCCUGGAACACAUGAUCUAGCCUUUCUUAUCAGCCAUAACUUUGGCCUCACGUCUCUUGAAGAAGGUGCCUGUGAUCCAGAAAAGAAAGAAAUAAAACUAGUCACAGCGAAUGUAUCAAGGGCUAGCUUUUCAAAACCACCCUACGUCAAAAACUUCAAAAGAGAACUACGGUUAUUGCAGCCUGAUACCUUAGAAGUUAUACUUUAUAUGGAGACUGACAAUACACCGCUGAGUGAACAUUUAACAGCAAUUUAUAAAAAAGUCUGAGAUCUAUCUAUUACUCUCUAUUUCAUAUUCUACCACCACAUAGAAAUAAUUUUAGCCUAUUAAAUUACAAGUAGAGUUAAGAUAGAAUCACAGCUUUAACAUUGAAUUGUCCUAAUAUAAUAUUUUCAAUGGUUGAGAUUUUGAUAUCUAUGAUAUUUACUAUGGAUUUGUAAAAUAAUUGCACUAUGAAUGUUGAUAAUUUGCUAUUAGAACUUAGAAGGAAAUUUAAAGUGAAUAUUAGUAGUUAAGUGGAACAGUGAUCAGGUGGCAUUUGCUAGUUCCUCUAAUAUAAAUUUUAAAAAAAGUAUUUUAAGUUCUUGUGUUAAGAAGGAAUUUCGGUUAAUUUAUUGAAUUAUGAUUGCUGCGUGGGAUGUGUGUAUUUUGUGUAUCAAUAAAACUUAUGAUUUGUUAUUAAUUACAUA